AAAAGGUAGUUUUCGUAUUAAGAAUAAUACCGCGUACUCUCACUCGCGCUCUCUUAUCUCUCUCCGUUAGCGACCACCAUCCUCGACAUGUCAGGCAGAGAAGGAGGCAAGAAGAAGCCCCUGAAGGCUCCUAAGAAGCAGAACUCAGACAUGGAUGAUGACGAGAAGGCGUUUAAACAGAAACAGAAGGAGGAAAACAAAAAGAUGGAAGAAAUGAGGAAGCGAGCUUCUGCAGGAGGUCCUUUAGACUUUCUCCAGGUGCCCCAGACGGUUACAAGCAGUGCACGUAGACUGCCUGGCUGGGCACUUGGGCAUCAAAGCGUAGUGGCCAGUCUUCCCACAACCUCUGCACGUAACACCUGUUGCUGGGCAGCCCUUCGGGCCGUGGUCUCGCCUGCCGCAGCUGCUGCAGGAGGUAGGCGCCCGAUGAGUGGGUGAAGGUUGGCGAGGGGG